UCUAGAUUCGCGGGCCUACCCUGGCUUGCUUGGUGCCACCGGAGUUUGACCCACACCCACCGCCACCAUGAAUCAGGAGAAAGAAGAGCCCUCGGAAGAUAAUAUCCGUGUGGUAUGUCGCUUUCGACCCCUGAACGAUUCGGAGGAAAAAAUUGGAUCUAAGUUUGCCAUCAAGUUUCCAUCCGGCGCCGAUGACAAUUGCGUCUCCAUCGGGGGCAAGGUCUACGUGUUUGAUCGUGUUUUAAAACCCAAUGUGACCCAAGAGCAAGUGUAUUCGGCGGCGGCCAAGUCCAUCGUGUCGGACGUAUUGAGCGGAUUCAAUGGCACCAUUUUUGCUUACGGCCAAACCUCCUCGGGGAAAACCCACACCAUGGAGGGGGUCAUCGGAGAUUCCGGGUUGCAAGGUAUCAUUCCCCGCAUUGUCAAUGACAUCUUCAACCAUAUCUACUCCAUGGAGGAGAACCUCGAGUUCCACAUCAAGGUGUCUUAUUUCGAGAUUUACAUGGACAAGAUCCGUGAUCUCCUCGACCCUUCCAAGGUCAAUUUGGCCGUCCACGAGGACAAGAACCAUUCCGUGUACGUGAAAGGUGCUACCGAGCGGUUCGUCUCCAGCCCUGAAGAGGUCCUCGAGGUCAUUGAAGAGGGCAAGGCCAAUCGACACAUAGCUGUGACCAACAUGAAUGAGCAUAGCUCACGAAGCCACUCCGUGUUCCUUAUUAAUGUGAAGCAGGAGAACUUGGAGAACCAAAAGAAGCUCUCAGGCAAGCUCUAUCUAGUUGAUUUAGCGGGUAGUGAAAAGGUUAGCAAAACAGGCGCGGAAGGAACCGUUUUGGAUGAGGCCAAGAACAUCAACAAGUCGCUCUCAGCCUUGGGAAAUGUCAUCGCUGCUUUGGCAGAUGGAAAUAAAACCCAUAUCCCCUACAGAGAUUCCAAGUUGACCCGCAUUCUGCAAGAGUCAUUGGGAGGUAAUGCCAAGACCACAGUUGUCAUUUGCGCCUCUCCCGCCUCGUACAAUGAGUCCGAAACGAAAUCCACCCUGGAUUUUGGUCGACGAGCCAAGACCAUCAAGAACGUGGUGGCAGUAAACAUGGAGCUGACCGCAGAAGAGUGGAAAAAACGCUACGAAAAGGAGCGUGAUCGUAAUGGGAAGCUCAAAUCCCGAAUUGAUAUGCUCGAAGAGGAGCUUCGAAAGUGGCGUGCUGGACAGGAAGUGGCUCCAGAUGAGCAGAUGAACUUGGUCGAUAUGGAGGAAAGCAUGACGGCUUCCACCCUGCAACUUCCCAAUCAGGCUUUCGACAAGCCCACGGCUCAAUUGAGUUUGACCACGUCGCACAUUUCCUUGGAAGACCGUACCAAAUUGGAGGAGGAACGCGAGCGGCUGUACUCCAUGCUGGACUCCAAGGACGAUGAGAUCCAAGAACAAUCUCAAUUGGUUGAGAAGCUCAAGGAGCAGAUGCUGGAGCAAGAGGAGCUCAUUUCCAGCACGAGACGUGAUUACGAGACCCUCACCAAGGAGAUGAGUAAGAUCCAGGCUGAAAAUGAUUCAGCGAAGGACGAGGUGAAGGACGUGCUUCAAGCGCUCGAGGAAUUGGCCGUGAAUUACGAUCAGAAGAGCCAAGAGGCCGAAACGAAGAAUCGGGAAUACAACACCAUCUCGGAUGAAUUGGCUCAAAAGCAGACCCAAUUGAACAACAUCUCAUCUGAGUUGAGCACCUUGAAGGACUCCACCACGCAUCAAAAGAAACGCAUGAACGAAAUGCUGCGCUCUCUGCUCUCAGAUUUAGGUGAGGUCGGGUCGGUCAUGACGAAAAACAACGACCUCAAGAAGCCCGAGACCACUUCCGAGGGCAAGAUCGAGGAGGAAUUCACCGUGGCCAGGCUCUACGUAUCCAAGAUGAAGAGCGAAGUCAAGAACUUGGUUCACAAAUCCAGCCUCUUGGAGACUGCUCAACACGAUGGUGUGAGCAAGAUGGAGGCUCUAGAAAAAGACCUGAGCGAAUCGAAACUCCUCAUUGGGCAACACGAGGCGAAAAUGCGCUCAUUGGCCGAGACCAUCAAGGAGCUCGAGGCCAAGAAGAGGACCAUGGAAGAGCAGAUGGACUCGCUCACGGAGGAGAUCUCGGCCAUGAAGGCGGCCGAACAGAUGCAUCAAGUCACGUCGGACAAACAACAAGAGGAGAAACAGAUGAAAGAGGCCCUCGAGAAACAGAUUGAACAACAUCGGGAGCAACACCAGAAACAGCUCUCUCAUUUGCGCAAUGAAAUCGAGGAGAAGCAAUCCCUUAUGGCCGAGCUCAAGGAUGAGCUCCAAAAGCUAUCUCUGGCCUUCGAUCAACUCCAAAGAGAUCACGAGAAGGUCAAGGAGGAUGAGCAAGAGAAGUCUAAGCGGCUAAAUGAACUGUUGGCUCUGAACGAACAACGUGAACAAGCCAAACAGGAUCUGAAAGGUCUCGAAGAGACUGUGGCGAAGGAGUUGCAGACACUGCACAAUCUGCGGAAGCUCUUUGUCCAGGAUCUCACCACGCGGGUCAAGAAAUUCGCCGCUGGCGAGGAAAUGGAGGAGCAAGGUGGAUCUUUGGCCCAAAAGCAAAAGAUUUCCUUCCUGGAAAACAACUUGGAUCAACUCACCAAGGUUCAUAAGCAACUUGUUCGUGAUAAUGCGGAUCUUCGGUGCGAGCUUCCCAAGUUGGAGAAACGUCUACGAGCCACCAUGGAACGGGUUAAGGCUCUGGAGACCGCCCUGAAAGAGGCCAAAGAAGGAGCAAUGAGGGAUAGGAAACGAUACCAAUACGAAGUGGACAGGAUCAAGGAGGCCGUGAGACAGAAGAACCUCGCCCGACGGGGCCACGCAGCUCAAAUCGCCAAACCAAUCCGCGCUGGGCAUCACCCCGGAAUCCAAAAUGCACCUGCUGGCAUUCGAGCUGGGGGCGGGUCCGCCAUUCGAGGUGGGGUCCAAUCGGGUCGGCCCAUGGCCGAGUAAAGCAAUCCUGCCCAACGGAAAUCCAGACGACCCAUGACGGCAAUCCAGAUCUACCAACAUUAUUCAAACAGUCCAUAUUAACCACAACUACGCUACGGAAGUACUUCUCUAGUACUGCUCUUGCAACAUCUAUUAUCAUUAUUAUCAUUACAAUUAUUAUUAUUAUGAUUACUAUUGCACUUGACCACGUUGACUUCUUCAAUGAAUUUUUAGUUCCUCUUGACCCAGCCUCACAUUCUCCAUUUUUUCACCCUUCCAACUUGGUUUUCCCCGUUAUUUUCACCCCAAACGGGUUUGUCCCACUUGAUUACGAGAAAACUAGUAGCGGUUUUUCAGUUCAGAUUGAGUUGCUAAUUCUUUUUUUUUUUUUGUACAUUCAUUUCCCUUUCUCGCUAUUUUAACUCAGUUCUCGAUACCAAAUCUGCCUUACGAAAAUUGUGGAUGAUCUGCCACUCUUCCAAAAAUCAGACUAAAUUUAGCUAUUCAUCGUUUCUUCGAGGGAGUGAAUAAUGAAAAAAAAGAAAGAAAACCAAAGAUAUUUUUCUUCCCCAAAAUGGAUCCAGCCUACUUCCAGCUCCUCGUUGGGUGUCUCGUCUCUUUGACUUUGAGCAAAGAUUGCAUUCGAAGGCCGGUUUUUCCCACGAGGAGUUUUGAAAGGACAUCAUCACGCACCUCCUCUCGAUUUGUUUCCCUUCGGCCCAAUGUGACUUACCAAUUAUGAUGAUGCAUUACUUGGAAUGGUAGACCACAGAUCUUGAUACCUUUGAUAUUCGUAGUCAUUUGGGGGGUGAUUCAUUUAUUAUUAUACAACAACUUGCUAUUCUUUAUCUUUAUGAUUUGCUAUGGAAUUCACUUUUCAUCGACUUGGAAUAAAAUCAAGUGAACGGUGCA